GGUUCGUUAUAAUUCUCACUAAUCCCAGUAAAUAUCACAAGCACUUUCAUAUGACCCGGUGGAGAGAAGGCUAUUGCGGACCUCUGUAGAAGAAAUAACCAAUAAAAUACAAACAAAUGUCGACUCUUAAUGUUCGAGUCACCACCAUGGACGCUGAGCUUGAGUUUGCUAUCCUACCCAGCACCACCGGAAAGCAGCUCUUUGACCAGAUUGUGAAGACUAUCGGGCUGAGGGAGACCUGGUUCUUUGGCCUACAGUACCAGGACAGUAAAGGCUUCUCCACCUGGCUCAAACUCAACAAGAGGGUUACUGCCCAGGACGUGAGGAGAGAGAGCCCUCUUCUGAUCAAGUUCAGAGCCAAGUUUUACCCUGAGGACGUUGCAGAAGAGCUAAUCCAGGAGGCCACGCAACGACUCUUCUUCCUUCAGGUGAAGGAGGGCAUCCUGAACGACGACAUCUACUGCCCCCCCGAGACGGCAGUGCUGCUGGCCUCCUACGCCGUCCAGACCAAGCAUGGAGACUACCGGAAGGACUACCACGUCUCUGGAUACCUCACCCGAGACAAGCUGCUGCCACAAAGAGUUCUGGAGCAGCACAAGCUGAACAAGGAAGAAUGGGAGGAGAGGAUCCAGGUGUGGCACCAGGAGCACAAGGGAGUGCUGAGGGAGGACGCCAUGGUGGAGUACCUGAAGAUAGCUCAGGACCUGGAGAUGUACGGGGUGAACUAUUUCAGCAUCAAGAACAAGAAAGGCUCGGAGCUGUGGCUGGGAGUGGACGCCCUGGGGCUCAACAUCUACGAGAAGACCGACAAGAUGACCCCCAAGAUAGGCUUCCCUUGGAGUGAGAUCCGGAACAUCUCCUUCAACGACAAGAAGUUUGUCAUUAAGCCCAUCGACAAGAAAGCCCCGGACUUUGUGUUCUACGCUCCUCGUCUGCGGAUCAACAAGCGCAUCCUGGCGCUGUGUAUGGGGAACCACGACCUGUACAUGAGGAGGAGGAAGCCCGACACUAUAGAGGUGCAGCAGAUGAAGGCCCAGGCCCGCGAGGAGAAGAACAAGAGACAGAUGGAGAGAGCCCUGCUGGAUAGUGAAAAGAAGAAGCGGGAGAAUGCUGAGAAGGAGACAGAGAAGAUCGCCAGGGAGACCAUGGAGCUGAUGCAGAGACUGAGAGUGAUCGAGGAGCAGACCAAGAGAGCCCAGGACGAGCUGGAGGAGCAGACCCGCCGGGCCCUGGAGCUGGAGAGGGAGAGGACGUUUGCCCAGGAGGAGGCUGAGAGGCUGGAGAAGGACCGACAGACCGCCGAGGACGCCAAGGCUUCCCUACUGCAGCAGUCAGAGAGCCAGGUCAAGAACCAGGAGAACCUGGCCACUGAGCUGGCCGAGCUGACCUCUAAGAUCUCCCGCCUGGAAGAUGCCAAGAAGAAGAAGGAGGAUGAGGCAAAGAAAUGGCAGAAAAGGGCGGUCAUGGUGGAGGUAGAUCUGGAGCGGACCAAAGAGGAGCUGAAGACUAAAGUGAUCGGCGUCCACAUCCAGGACUCCCACGUGGACGAGCACGACGAGACGGACGAGAGCAGCGCCGAGGCCAGCGCCGAGCUCACCGCGCCGGGCACGCUGCGAGACCGCAGCGAGGAGGAGCGGGUGACGGAGGCCCAGAAGAACGAGAGGCUACAGAAGAGCCUGAAGGCCCUGAGCUCGGAGCUCGCCAGCACCCGGGACGAGAGCAAGAAGACGCCCAACGACCUAAUCCACGCCGAGAACGUGAAGGCAGGCCGCGACAAAUACAAGACCCUGCGCCAGAUCCGCCAAGGCAACACCAAACAGCGCAUUGACGAGUUUGAGUCCAUGUGAGAGGUACAUAAGGAGAGAGAAAGAGAGAGAGAGAGACAGAGAGAGAGAGAGAGAGAGAGAGAGAGAGAGAGAGAGAGAGAGAGAGAGAGAGAGAGAGAGAGAGAGAGAGAGAGAGAGAGAGAGAGAGAGAGAGAGAGAGAGAGAGAGAGAGAGAGAGAGAGAGAGAGAGAGAGAGAGAGAGAGAGAGAGAGAGAGAGAGAGCUAUGUGUAAAGACCAACGUGUCAUUAGAUUGUGUUCUGUCUUUGUAAACAAGGCAGGCAGGCACAGUCUUAGUAAUGUCACAGGCUGAAUUCUAAUAUAACAACACUUGUAUAUUCUAUUCAAUUACACAUGUAUUUCUCACUAUGUAACAAGUGAAUAACUUACUGACCUACUGAUCUUAGUGAUGCAUUUAUAUGAAGUGGGAUUAGCAAGAUGCAACCUGAAAAUAGAUAUCCACUGACUAACAACAUGCCUUCACUGUAUAUUGUAAUGAAUACUGUACAUCUUUCUUGUGUGCAAUGUCUCAUGAGAAAUCAAAUCAUCAGUCCCUGGAAGUCAAGUCCUGGUGUGGACAUGGAUUUGAAGUUUGUGUUAUUGAAAUCUAGAAAUUGACAAUGAUUGCUAAUAGCGUAGAACAUGUUAUUGU